AUGACUGAUUAUAAUAAUUUCCACAAUUAUUGCAAACUAAUGAAUAAACAAAUCGGCAGGAUUAGUCGAGAUGAAGUAGAAACAGCUAAACAAUUUGAAAAUCUGAUAAAAAAAUAUAAUAUAAAAAAGGUUAAAAAGAUUUCUCUAGAAAAAAUAAAAGAUAAAACAUGUCUACUAUAUAAUAAUGAAUUCUAUGAUAAUUAUUAUAAAAAAAAAGAACCAAUUAUUAUUAAAAACUUAAAAAAUAAAAUAGGAAAUUGUAUAAAAACUUUUGAUAGUGAUAAUAUUAUUAACCACAUAGGGGACACAAAAGUAAGUAUUCAUGUAAGCACCUCGAAAUAUUUAAACAGUGUAAAUAAAAAUUUCCAUUACAGUUUAUCAACCCUAAAAAAUUUUAUUCAAUUAAUCCAUAAAGAAGAUCAAAAAAAAAAAAAAUUUUCAGUUAAUUAUCAUGGAAAUAAAAAGCAUAUAACUCUAACAUUCAAAGGUGAAACAGACAAAAUGUCUGGCAUCCCUCCAAAACUGGAUAAUCCUAUAAAAAAUUGUAAAAACAAAAAUCUAUCGACUAUUUCUAUUACCCCUAAUAUAAGAGAAGAUAAUACAAAUUCCCCUUUGAGCGAUACCCAAAAGAUAAAUAAUAACUCUAAGCAUCAAAUAUGCAACAAUAGUAGUGAUAACAAUACAAACUACUACUAUUAUUAUAGGUCUCUAGGAAUUAAUCAAUUUAAAGAGGUUUCCGAUAUUAAAAAAAUGAAUAAAUUUAUCAAAGAUAAUUUUUUUUUGCCACCUGAAAUUUACCCAUCUUAUGAAAAAUUCGAAUUCUUCUCUUCUGUUUUAAGAAUAGGACAACCCAAUAUUUUUAUAUGGCUACACUAUGAUAUACCUGAUAAUUUUUUAAUUCAGAUAAAAGGAAGAAAAAAAAUUUUAUUAAUUCAUCCAAAAUACAUAAAAUAUUUUAACAUUAUAAAUUCAUCAUCGUCUUAUAACAUAUUUGAUAUAUUACUAAAAAAAAAAAACAAAAAUAAAAAAGAACAAAUUAUUAAAAAGAUAAUUAUAAAACAUGCUUAUGUAGCAGAUCUAUAUGAAGGAGAAAUUCUACACAUUCCAUCUUUAUGGAUGCAUUAUGUUUAUAAUAUGCCUCACCAUACACAUUUAAAAAAAAAAUAUAAAUACAACCAUCGAUAUUUACAUGCUACGCCAAGUAGCAAAUUACUUGGUCGUACUAAUAAAAAAAGAAAAAUAUAUAACAAAAAAAAAAAUUAUAUGUUCCUUUUUUACAAAAAUGAAAAAUUUAUAAAUUGUUCAAUAAAAAAACAAAAAAGACAAAGCCGACCAAUCCCAUUCUUACGUUUCCUAAAUGGCGAACUAAAAAUUAAAUCAAAAAAUAUUUAUUUAAAAAAAUUUAAAAAUAAAAAAGGAAAAAAUAUAUCUUUGAAAUAUAUUUCAAAUUUCUUAUUUUCAUAUAACAAAAAAUAUGAUGAAAAUAACGAGGCACUUGUUUUUCCAACCUUAGAUCAAUCAGUUGAUAAAAAUGAAUUAACAAAACAUUAUAGCCAUUUAGAAAAUUUUGAAGAACUUUUAAAGCAAAAAUUUAAUAUUGAUAACGUAAACUUUGUUACUAGUAGUAAUAGUAGCGAAAUUGAAAAUGGCAAAAGUACCCAAGCAAUUUAUAAUGCCGAUACUAAGCCCACCGAUCAAAACAACAACAAUACCACACUCUCAAAUAAUACCAAACAAAUUACAGACGUCAAAAAAACUGAUCAUCAUACAUGUAAAAAUACUAAUUUAAAUAUUAGUAUUAAUUACUUUUUUAGAAAAAAAAAAGAAUUACAUUUAUUUAGCAAAAAAGAUCUAUAUGGAAACCAAGAUAUUAAUGCGGCUAACCUAAUAUUUAAGAAAAUAGAAAACGAAAUAAAGCCAUUAAUGUCAAUGCCAUCUAAAUAUAAAAAUUUUUAUCUUCAAAAAAUACAAGGAUAUCUCUAUUCGCUUCUUGACACGAAAUAUUUAUAA